UCCCACAUCCUUUAGAGCAUAAUGUAAUUUUGAAAGUUCAAACUACUAAUGAUACCAAACCAGACAUGAUGGUAGCAAAGGCAUUAAAUGAUCUGAUCACGGAAGUUGGAUACCUUAAACAAAAAUUUGUGGAAGAACUUGGUCGUGCAAGAGCACUUGUAAUUCCCAGAGAACAAAAACCCAUGGAAGAACAAGCGCCAUUAGGUAUACCUUCAGCUAGAGAUAAUAUUCCUAUGGGUGGAAAUACUGGUGUGGGUGUAGAUAUGGAUUUCUAA